AUGUCUGAAACCGACGCGGACCCGCCGCGCAAGCGGACGCCCAUCCCCAAAAUGCAACUCUUCAUCCUGCUGGCCAUUCAAUUCGCGGAGCCCAUCGCAGCGCUCGUCAUUUACCCCUUCGUCGUGCAGUUCGUUCGCGACACGGGCAUCACAAAGGGAGACGAGACCAAAAUCGGGUUCUAUGCGGGUAUGCUGGAAUCGUCCUUCUUCCUCGCCGAAUCCGUCACCGUCUUCCAAUUCGGGCGUCUCUCCGACGUUUACGGUCGCCGUCCCGUCCUGCUUUUCGCCCCCCUUGGCCUCGCGCUGUCGAUGUUUGGCUUCGGACUGAGCAGUAAUUACUGGAGCAUGCUCGGCUGGCGCUGCCUGCAAGGAGUGUGGAACGGGAACACGGGCGUAACCAAGACCGCGAUGAACGAGAUUUCCGACCCCAGCAACAUCGCGGACAUGUUCUCGUUCUUGCCCCUCAUGUGGAGCACGGGAGUUACUUUAGGGCCUGCGCUGGGCGGUAUCCUGGUCAAUCCCGCAACUAAAUGGCCGAAUUCACCAUUGGGACGAAUCCAGCUGCUGAAAACCUAUCCGUACUUCCUGCCCUGUGCUGUCGCUGGGCUUAUCGCGUUGGCGGCCUUCAUUCUGGCCUGGGUUGGUCUGAAAGAGACUCUACCUUCCGCCCUGACGCGCCAAUCCAAGGGCUCUCCUCCAACGGAAACUUCUCCCCUUCUUCCUUCUGCCACUGAUCCCGAAGACAUCCGUCUUCCCGUUCGACAACUGCUCACCCGCCCGGUCGUUAUUACAUUUGUCAACCACGGAUUCCUCACCUUUUGCGAGAUGAGUUACGCGGCCCUGCUUCCCAUCGUCUACGCCACACCGAUCCAACACGGCGGACUUGGCCUCAGUCCAUACGCAAUCGGCCUCCUAAUGGGGUCUACCGGAAUGCUUAAUGCGGUCAUCCAGGCUACUUUGGGGGGCCGCGUUAUUCGCUACUUUGGCGCUCGAACGAUGUUCACCACCGGCUUUGUGGCUAUUACCGCGGCCAUCUUGUUUUAUCCCAUCCUCAAUUUCCUUGCUCGUCGCCAGGGAGCCGUCGACUGGGCUGUCGGACUUGCGAUUGCAGGACAGUUGAGCUGCUCGGUCUUCACGUACUUUGCGUUUUCGGUCACCUCGCUGUUUAUACUAGCAGCCUCCCCCAAUCGCGCCAAUGUCGGUGCGGUUAGUGGCAUAUCUGGUACCGUUGGGACAGCAAUGCGCGCCGUUGCGCCGACCGUCGCGUCUUCCCUCUUCGCGCUGUCGGUCAAGCAUCAAUGGUUGUCGGGCUCCGCGGGGUUCCUCCUCCUUGCUUCCCUCUCCAUCAUUGCCGUCCGCCUUACGCGCAUGCUGCCGAAAGAGCCUGGCGGGGAUGUCAAGAAGCCCGCGCCCGCCCCUGUCGCUGCUAGCGGCUGA